ACGAUUUUCUUGAAACUUCAGUACCUCCUUUAUAGCUCUUUUUCUAACAUUAAUUAACAAAGAAAUUAUUAUAAUGUUGUACAUUUAUUGAAUUAUACAAAUUAAAGUUGAACUCCAAAUAAAUUGUUAGCAGCCAUCUUGGAAAACCCUUUUUCGCAUUUCGAACGAACGAAGUGUCAAAUAUCGAUAAUUACUUCAUCGCACGCGGUUGAACUAAAAAUUUUUAUGGGAAUUGAGCUUUCCUAAAAAAGUUAGAUUUUUUAAAACGAUCUCGAAAUUGAAAUGUAAAAAUCAAUUUCGCGCCAUAAAAUAGUAUUAUUCGAUACUCGCACUUGAAAAGCAAGAAAAAUAUAGAAGCGAGUUGCGAUACAAACAACUCGAAUAAGUAAGGGGUAGGAGAAUUUUUGUAUUGAAAGUUGGAAAUAAUAUAGGCAAGACGGCUUCGCAAAAAAAAUUGUUUAAGAAGAUGGCGGAGACCAAAGAAUUAGAGAAUAUGAUAUUGAGUUUUCGAGUGUCUGAACUUCAGAUGCUUCUUGGUUUUGCUGGUAGAAAUAAAUCAGGUAGAAAGAACGAAUUACAAGCACGUGCAAUAGAAUUGUUACGUUUGAGAUCCCAUCCAAUUCAGCUCAAAAUACGUGAAUUAUAUAAAUCCAUACAAGCUGAUCAAUUAGCUGCACAUCAAAUGUAUGGUCAAACAGGUAGUUCUGGGGAGCCACAAAUAGAUCAAAACAUGCAUUCCAGAAAUUAUUACACAACAAGACAAGCUAUCAGUCAACAGCAACAGUCACAGUCUUCAGUUUCUAGUGGAAAGGAUUUACCACCUGCGCAUCAAGCAUCUCUACCUCAAGCACCUAGAACAAAUCCAGUCUAUCAGUCAACAGGAUAUGCCAAUGUAACACCGCAACAAACAACAAGUGCAGCCUAUAAUCCAUAUCCAUAUGCACCAAAAGUUUUACCAUCACCAUUGCAAAUACAACCUAGAAAUCAAUAUCCUGUUCAUCCAGAUGUUAGACUUAGAAGGCUACCAUUUUUUGAUUUAUUGGCUGAAUUGCUGAAGCCAUCUAGUUUAAUGCCUCAAGGAUCUAUGAGACUUCAAGAGAAUACAUUUAUGUUUCAUUUAACACCACAGCAGUCAACAGAUGUAGCAAGUUCACGAGAUUGUCGUGCAGGAAGUAAAAUGGAUUACACAGUACAGAUACAAAUGCGAUUUUGUUUGCAAGAAACAUCGUGUGAACAGGAGGACUGUUUUCCACCAAGCAUUGCAGUAAAAGUUAAUGGAAAACUGUGUCCUUUACCUAAUCCAAUACCUACUAAUAAGCCGGGAGUAGAACCAAAGAGGCCGCCACGGCCUGUCAAUAUUAGUCCUCUAGUUAAAUUAUCUCCUACUGUAGCGAAUCAAAUUCACGUGACAUGGUCGGCAGACUACGGCAGACGAUACGCAAUUGCGAUAUAUUUAGUUCGAAAGCUUUCAAGUGCUGAAUUAUUAUCAAGGUUAAAAAGUAGGGGAGUUCGACAUUCGGAUUAUACAAGGGGUUUAAUUAAGGAGAAACUUAACGAAGAUGCGGAUAGUGAAAUAGCGACAACAUCGCUUAGAGUAUCGUUAGCUUGUCCGUUAGGCAAGAUGCGAAUGUGUACACCAUGCCGUGCAUCGACGUGUUCACAUUUACAAUGUUUUGAUGCAUCCCUAUUCCUUCAAAUGAAUGAAAGAAAACCAACAUGGAAUUGCCCAGUUUGUGAUAAUCCAGCGUUAUAUGAUAAUCUCGUUAUCGAUGGCUACUUUCAAGAAGUGUUGAACUCUAAGAAACUAUUACCAGAUGUAAAUGAAAUUCAAUUAUUGCAAGAUGGGUCGUGGGAAAAUUUGGUUCUAAAGAAAGAAAAGGAUAAGGAGAAGAGUGAAACAAAAGUUAUUACAAAUUCGCAGGAUCGUAAAAUCGAUGUGGAUACAGUCGACCUCGAUGAAAGCAAUCUUACACCUCCAAAGGAAAAGAAACGAGCUGUUAUUAUUGAUCUAAUAUCAGACAGUGAUGACGAUGAUGAACAUACCACACCAACACAAAGUAUAAAAAAGAUAGCUAGUGGUACUUCUUCGCCAAAGAAGUCACAAACUAGUUCCAUUAGCAGUACAAGUGAAUCACCAGAAUUAAUGAUAAUUGAUUUAGAAUAGAAUAUUUUAUAUCUAUUGCUACUAUUAAAUUGCCAAAUUUUGUACAGGACAAAAACCAAAAUUUUGUUAGUUCUGUGAUUAUUUAAAAAAAAAGUUACUACAUAAAGUUAAGUAUAAGUGAAUUCAUGACAUUUUUACUUUUGGUACUUAAAGCUGAAAAAGAAAUCAGCAAAAUAAUAUUUCUUUUUAA